GCUACAAACAAACAAAACAUGGACUUUCCACUUUAGCUAGUCUAAAUACAAGCCGCACUUGCAUACAUCUCCAUUUCACGUGUCUCUUAUUUCUGUUGAUUCUGGUUCCUGACAUUAAGAUGAUUUGUGCCAUAAGCCUCGCCUUGGCAUUAACCGGACUCUGCCAGUCUGCUCUUAUCAGCAAGAGUCACAAAGGAGACGAUCCUCUGCUGCAGUAUGUGGUCAAUAACUCUCUGAGGGAGCACCCAGUGCUGAAAAAACUGCGACUGAGAACUAUGGAGGAUCCCCAAAACCUGAUGAUGGUGGCAGCUGAGCAGGCUCAGUUUAUGGCUAACCUCGCAAAACUCAUAGAAGCCAAUAAAACUAUUGAGAUUGGUAUGUACACGGGAUACAACGCCUUAAAUCUGGCUCUGGUAGUUCCUGAGAAUGGACUUGUGGUGGCCUGCGAAAUUGAUAAGGAAUAUGUGAAAAUAGCCAAGCCAUUUUUUACAGAGGCUGGAGUGGAGGAUAAAAUAGAUAUUCGCAUUAAACCUGCAGUUGAAACCUUGGAUGAACUCCUAGCUGCCGGCGAAGCUGGAACAUAUGACUUUGUGUUCAUUGACGCUGACAAAAAGAGUUACGAAACAUACUAUGAAAAGUCACUCCAGCUCAUACGAAAGGGUGGCAUUGUGGCUAUUGAUAAUGUCCUCUGGGGCGGAGAGGUCAUCAACCCAGCUGCAGAUGACCUUUCCUCACAGACCAUAGACAAACUGAACAAGAAGUUACACAAAGAUGAGCGGAUUGAUCUCAGUAUGCUCACGGUUGGAGAUGGCCUGACACUGGCUAUCAAAAGAUAAUCUUGAUUAUUUAACAAGAAAUAUAUCACCUAAAUAAAGACUCGAAUAAUGAAAACAAAUGUUUUCAAACCUA